AUGAGAGCUACAUGGUCCACCCUGUUUCUAAUUCCCGUCUCUCCUGCCCUCUCCCAUGUCUCCUCCACGGUUCCCUCUCGCUUCCGCAACGCCACCAUUGACGACGUGGACGACAUCACCACCGUGGCCAUCGACGCCUUCAAACCUUCGCCGGUCUUCAACUAUAUCCGUCAGUUUGCCGACGAAGUUGGCGAAGAAUACACAUGGGCCUGCCAGCGGGAAGGCUACCUCGCUUUGUUCCAACAACACGCUGCCGACUAUAGAUUCCAGGUGAUUACGGUGCCGGAACCGACAUCACUGUCCGGUGAAAAGGUUGUAUCAGUUUCAGUAUGGGAUGUCAGCCGGACUCAACAUCACCGUGACGAUGAGCUAUCAUUGACAUCACUGUCACCACUCCUGGGCCACAGCAUGUCCCAGACGACUCAUAGCAGUGCCAAUUACAGACACGUCUCGGGGUUCAAUUGCUCGGCACAUCUCGACGUGAACCUCACCCGUGCCGUCCAUUUUCAGCGUUUUAUGGAGGAUGCAGAACGCAAGUACCUUGCCGAGCCCUUUGGUGCCCAGCUCUAUCUUGGCCUGCUGGCCACACAUCCAAGUUGGGACGGAAAUGGUUUCGCUGCUCAACAUCUGCGCUGGGGAAAAGCACAGCUGGAGCUGUUGAGAAGACAGCAGGGCGCCAGUCUGCCAAUGACAUUAUUGGCUACGCCUGCCGGAUACCCCUUAUAUAUUGAUGAGGGUUUUAAGGGGCUGAAAAACGUCACAAUGGAAAGGCUGGAUGGGAAGGGGUUGUUCUGGCAUGAAGCUAUGAGCUACGAGCAAUCGAGUGGCCAGGCAGAUGAGCUAUGA